UUAGCCCAACCACUACUUUCUUUCCGAAGAAAGAAAAGAAACGAGCGGUCGAAGCAAGUACGAGAUGGUCAUUCUCGCUAAAACCCAGUUAAAAGCUUCUGCUGCUAAUUAUUAGUUCUUAGCAAGUGAAUUGAUCUGGGUAGAUUCUGUGGCUUCAGUGCAAACUUAGAUAGACCACAAACAUUCAUGGAGAUCUUGGUUACUGAUAUCAUCAUCAUGUUGGCUAUUUCAGAUACAUAAUGGCUAUGCUUUCCAUAUGUUCAAUAAUGUCCUGUAAAGACCAGGUUUAUCCUACUGGGAAAGUGAUGGGACAGAAUGAAAGAGGAUUGGCAGACCAUCAUCUUUCUGUUCAUAUGGCAUGCAAAUGUUUUUCACCUUCUCUAGUUAAUGAGACCGGCAGAAGAUGGAAUGUCUUACACCAUGCUUCUGAGUUAACUUUGAAAGGAAAGAAACAACAAAGAGUUGGUGCAUAUUGCCUGUUUCAUAAUUGGUCUGUUCCAUUUCAGAAUUCUCUAGAAAUACCUUUUCCCAAGGUCUAUAAUACAAACAGCCAUGAGAACAAAUCUAGUUCAGGACACGUAUAUCAGAGAGACCAAUCCUGUUAUGAUUCUUCUGCAUUAGAAGCAUGUAAUACUGAGAGGCAACUGAAGGCACUGGAUUCUUAUUUUAGCAAGCUCGGUGAUGACAUGGUUGAGCAGCUUAGCUCUUGCAUGUCUACAAGCAACCCUGACACUCUGUCUGAUGAAAAGGAAUAUAGGAAGGUGUCUUCUUCUCAAUGUGAAGGCAAAAUGACAGACGUGAUUGAAGCAAGUGGUGGUUACAAAACAAGGAUUGGAUUGAGUUUGUUAAAGAACUACUUUUCCAAACUAAACACUGAAAUUGACACAAGGAAAAGUACUUCUAUUUCUGAUGAAGAAGCAUCAGCAGGAAAUUCUAUGAGACCGCCAGACUCCAGUAUUGGGGAAUAUAAUGAAAAGAAAAGCAUGAUUGAAAAACCAGAUGUUUAUAAGCAUUAUGAGAGUAUGGACAAUCGAACUGAUCCAGGGAUGUUUGGCAACGAGAAUAUCGAAGGCCUACAGACAAAUGACGAAGCUUCUGACUUGUAUCUAAUAAGUUUAUUGGCUGGAAUAAAUAUUGCAGUUUUCUUAUUUGAGAUAGCAAGUCCAAUUAGGAACUCGGAUGUAGAGCAGUUGUCACUCCCUCUGAUCUAUGGGGCAAAGAUAAAUAAAUUAAUCCUUCUCGGGGAGUGGUGGAGACUACUGACACCAAUGUUUCUGCAUUCAGGAUUUCUUCAUGUUGCUCUUGGUUGUUGGGUGCUUCUUACUUUUGGGCCUGAAGUUUGUCGAGCGUAUGGCCCAUGUACCUUUCUCCUGAUAUAUAUACUUGGAGGAAUUUGUGGCAAUUUUACGAGUUUUAUCCACACUCCAGAGCUAACUGUUUGUGGGACAGGUCCGGUAUUUGCCGUAAUUGGAGCUUGGCUUGUCUAUCAAACCCAAAAUAAAGAAGCAACUGACAAGGAGGUUUCAGAAAGUAUGUUCUGGAAGGCAGUGAUUGCCACAGCUCUGAGCUUUGUCUUGAGCAGCUUUGGGAGAAUUGACGACUGGACACAUCUUGGGGCUGUCAUUUCAGGCGUUGUUUUUGGCUGUUUCACAUGUCCAGGCUUGGAAUUGGAUGAUUCAUCUUCGAAAAAUGGGCAGAAGGAGGGAAUUGCUCUUGUGCAAAGAAAGUCUGAUCCGUGCAAAUCACUGAUUACUUUCACCAUUUUUGUACUUGUAUUAGCUUCCUUGGUUUUCUUUUAUGAACCAGAGCUUGAGAUGCUGGAAGUUGAUGGCAUCGUGUAGGAGUGUGCUGGUUUGGAUGGUUGUAUUGAUACACAGGCGGGUGAUUUUUAGGUGGUCAUUGUCAUAAUGCAGCAUUAGUCCUCUUAAUAGUCUUAUGAGGUCGUAUCAGUGUUCUCCAAAGAACGGAGUACAGUGAACUUAAAUCUCUUUUUGAGCAAAAGAAUGAACUUAUUUCGGUUUGAAGCA